CUUCAGACGCCCCUCCCUCUGUCAGAGGACAUGGCCGUGCAGUGUGUUUACUGGGGAAAUUAGAAAGGGAAUGAAGAUUAAAGCGGGAUUUUUCUGUAAUCUGGAGGAUUUUACUCUGUGAACAGUGUGCUCUGUUUUGACCUUUGCCCCCCAAGUCAUGCGUAUUUUGGCCUCCUUGCUGACCCCAUGCCAGAGUGGUGGUCCUGCUUUCCUCACCCUAAUGAGGAGAGCAUCUUCAGGAACCAUGCAGAUAAAAGUCCCCCUCAACUUCUGGGGUGGGCGCAGGGUUGAGCUCAGUGAUGUGACAGGUUUGGAGCCAGUGUAUGAGCCUGCAACAGGACGAGUACUAUGCCAACUACAAUCAUGCAAAGCAGGCCAGGUUGAUGAGGCCGUAAAGAGCGCUUGCUCUGCAUAUGCAGUGUGGAGGAAGACAGCGGGCAUGGAAAGAGCCAGAGUCAUGCUGGAAGCCGCCAGACUGAUUGAGAAAAGAAGAGAAGAGAUUGCUGAAGUUGAAGUGGUCAACAAUGGCAAGUCCAUCACUGAAGCUCGACUAGACGUGGACUCUGCCCGGUUGUGCAUUGAGUAUUUUGCAGGACUUGCCACUAAUCUGUCAGGGCAGCAUGUUCAGCUACCAGGAGGAUCCUUCGCCUACACCCGCAGGGAGCCUCUCGGGGUGUGUGUGGGAAUUGGUGCCUGGAACUAUCCGUUUCAGAUUGCUGCCUGGAAGUCAGCUCCGGCUAUUGCCUGUGGGAACUCUAUGGUGUUUAAGCCGUCUCCAGUGACCCCAGUGAGUGCAGUGCUCCUGGCUGAGAUCUACGCACAGGCCGGCGCUCCUGAGGGCCUGUUAAACGUCGUCCAGGGGGCUCAAGAGACUGGAACUCUGCUGUGCCAUCAUCCUUCUGUUGCUAAGGUCUCCUUCACAGGGAGUGUGCCCACUGGCAAGAAGAUAAUGGAGAUGGCUUCCAAAGGAGUGAAACCAGUGACACUGGAGCUUGGAGGAAAAUCUCCUCUGAUCAUCUUUGAGGACAGUGACCUGGAGAAUGCAGUCAGAGGAGCGCUCAUGGCCAACUUCCUGUCUCAGGGCCAGGUGUGCAGUAAUGGAACCAGAGUGUUCGUCCACAGAAAAGUUCUUCCCCAGUUUGUGACAGAGGUGGUACGGAGGACCAAAGCCAUCCAGAUCGGCGACCCUCUUCUGGAGGAAACACGCAUGGGAGCUCUGGUCAGCCGGCCGCACCUAGACAAAGUGCUGGGAUACGUGGAGCAGGCCAAGAAAGAGGGAGCUAGAGUGCUGUGUGGAGGGGAACUGUUCACACCAGCAGACACAAAACUCAAAAACGGAUAUUACAUGACGCCCUGUGUGCUCGACAACUGCAAAGAUGACAUGACUUGUGUGAGAGAGGAAAUCUUUGGCCCUGUGAUGUCCAUACUGACCUUUGACACUGAGGAGGAGGUUCUACAGAGAGCAAAUGACACCACAAUGGGCCUUGCUGCUGGGGUUUUCACCAAAGACAUUCAGAGAGCCCACAGAGUGAUAGAAAACCUACAGGCGGGAUCCUGUUUCAUCAACAACUAUAACAUCACCCCUGUGGAGGUGCCGUUUGGGGGCUUUAAAACAUCAGGUAUAGGACGGGAAAAUGGACAAGUUACAAUUGAAUUCUACUCUCAGAUGAAGACUGUAGUGGUGGAGAUGGGAGAUGUGGACAGUCUCUUUUAAACAAGAGAGAAACACAUACAUACAUAUGGCUACAUUUUCCUUAACACUGUUGGAGACCAACUAUUGAAGAACACUAUUUUAGGACAAACUGGAAGUUUAUCUGCUGCACAGGAUCAAUGUGGUGUUUGAUUACUGUUAUUAAGUUGGAGACCAAGAUUAAUGUGUGUGAGUGCAAGAUUUUUCUGCAAUACUCAAAAUACAGAUAAUUUCUCAAGUGCCUUAUUUUGAAAAAUAUACAGUAUUUUUUUUUUGUAUGAUACCAGUGCCAAGUCAACUCUGUAUAGAAGGCCAUGACAUGAAAAUGAAAAAUGGACAUCUGUUAGCUGAUGUAACAGAACUGGUUGUGUUUGUUCUUCCUAUGCGCAUCAAGCUCCAAUGACAUUGCGUUAGCAGCAGUAUUUUUAUGACUCAGAGAAAGCACAUUCUUGCCUUCACCCUUCCAGUGCUGGGAGCUUUGUGUAAUAGGGGAAGUGGGAACCAGAAAUUACUGAAUUUGGGAUAAUUAUGGGGCCUCUCCUGCUAAGGAAUAUAAUUGGAUUUCCUUUUUCUAGCUUGAUAAGGUUGGAGAACCCAUUAGGGUUUAACAGUGGUGGUUUGUUGUCAACACAGUCUACAGGUCAUCCCAGUCAGAUUUUCCAACACAUAGAAGUAUUAGAAUGUUGCUGCAAGCUCCAGCCAUUGAUUUGGCUUUACUGUCAAACUAAGGGACUAAAUGACUCCAAUCCACAACAGACUGGUUCACUGUUUGUCUUCUUUACUACCAAGAAGUCAAUUUCCUGUUUAUAUGUGCAAAUGUUGCCGGUGGUGCCAAAUUGAUUUAAAUAUUUUUAUGAAUAGAGCCACAGUGGUUCAGAGAAUGUUUAGCUUGUACUCUCUAUCCUAUACUGUAUCCAUUACUUAACAUCUUACUAUAACAAUCUUUAUCCAGUCCUUAAGAUGGUUUUCUGAAAUAUGCAAUAUAUGCAACAUAAAAUAAUAAAAUAUGCAGUUUUCAAGGUUGAUAGUAAUUCUGACACAAACAAACACAUAAUAUGUGUGAGCACAUGUGGCAACUUGAUUUUUAAUAGCUUUUAUGUCUAGCAAUGUUGGACCUGUGCUGAUAAAUUUUUCAAGAAAUGUUUCAUUUUCUGGGACAUGCAGCAUUUCUUUGAAAUCACUUGAGUCUUACAGCUUUCAUUUGCCUGUCCUUAAAAUAUAAAUAUUUUAGACUUGAAUGUAUAUGAAUGAUCUUUAAUUGGAACUUGUUUAGCUAAAUUCUGUACAUUGUUGAUGUUUUACAGAGGUAAACUCUGUAUUUUAUUGUUAUAUUGCAGAUGGGAAAAUGAAAAGCCUACACACUUACUAUGUUUAAGUCAUUAAUGUACAGUUUUAUUUAGGAAAUGAAUUAUAUAUAAUCAUAUAUAGAUUACCUGGAAAAAUAACUUGAAACAGAUUGAAGACCUUAGAUAACAUUAGUCAUGAAGGGUGGUAGACUUCAUAAACAAUUUUGGACAUAUAAUAAAUAGAGUAAAUGACAAUAACUCAUUAAUUUACAUAUUUAAAUUGAAUGUGGAACUAAUGUAUAAUAUUAUGAACAAUUCUCAAUAAUUAAAACACAAACAAAUAAAUACAAAAUGCCUCAAAA